AUGUCUGAAUCAAACACGGAUGGAGAGGCUCUUAACCAGCUGCAAGUCGAACAGGGCUGGCUUCUUGACAAAAUCGAUGAGUUACGCAACAUUGGCAUUAGCGGUCUUGUUGACCUGCCACAGCUGAUAGUUUGUGGUAACCAAUCAAGUGGGAAGAGCUCCGUUCUAGAAGCUAUAUCCCGUGUACGCUUUCCAGUGAAAAGCAACAUCUGUACCCGAUUUGCCACCGAGGUCAGCCUGCGACGCCAUCCAGUAACCCGUUUCAAAAUUUCCAUCGAGCCUGGACCUUCGCGGGCGACUGAGGCGGACCGACGGAAAGUUAUAGAGUUUGCUCCAGAGGCUUUUACAAACAGCGACCAACUGCCAACGCUGAUCGAGCAAGCCAAAGAAUGCAUGGGUAUUGAGAGUGAGAAAGGAGUCAGCGACGACAUUCUCAAAAUUGAGAUAUCUGGUCCCCACAAACCGGAGCUGACGCUUGUGGAUCUCCCCGGCCUUUACUACUCAACAAGUACCAACCAAGGAGCUGAAGGGAUCAGAAUUGCUCGUAGCCUCACAGAGCAAUACAUGAAAAACCCUCGCAGUAUUAUCUUGGCCACUGUGUCCGCUAAGGCCGACUAUCACCUUCAAGAGGUUCUCAAUAUUGCGGCAACCUUUGACCCGACCCGCGACAGAACGAUUGGCAUUAUCACCCAGCCGGAUACGCUGGCACAGCAUUCCGAAGACGAAGAUUUUUGGCUGCAAAUCGCAAAGAAUGAAAAAGUGCGCCUGCAGCUUGGGUGGCAUGUGUUGCGGAACCGGUCUUUUGAGACUUAUGACGCCUCCGAUGACGAUCGAGACAGCAACGAAAAGGAAUUCUUCAACCGGGGAAGGUGGAGCACGGUGGCCAGGGACUGUGUUGGAAUCGAUAGCCUGAGACGUCGACUCAGCGGCAUCUUGUUAAAACAUAUUCGGCACAACCUUCCAAGCUUGAUCGAAGAUAUCGAAAGAAAGUUGCUUGAUCGGCAGACAAGACUAGCAAAACUUGGUGCUCCUCGAUCGACCCUUCAACAGCAGAAGGGAUUUCUGCUUGCCUUGAGCAGCAACUUUGAGCGUAUCACCAAUCAGGCUUUGAUUGGAAUGUACACGGAUGGUUUCUUUGGCGAGCUUGGUAAUUCCCAUUCUUCCCCUCUCUCCGACCCUCGCCGUCUUCGUGCUAUUAUUCGUCAGUUGAAUGAAUAUUUUGCGGAAGCCAUGGAAAGAAUUGGUUGCAAAUAUUCCAUCUUCGGAGCCAAUGAACAGAAGGUUGAUUUUACCUUCUUGUCCAACCCUUAUGCGCCACUCAGACAUCCGCCGGUCAAGUAUCGGCAAGAUCUCGAGAAAGAGGUAGAUCAACAGGCUCGCCAAAAUCGUGGAAUUGAACUACCAGGAACCGCCAAUCAGCUUUUGGUCGGCAGUCUUUUUCGAGACCAGUCGCAACCGUGGGAAGAAAUUGCGCGGUUCCACUUAGUGAGGGUGUGGGAGACAGUGGGUAAAUUCGUCGAUUUAGCCUUGCAACACCUAACGGACGAACAUACCUACCAGCUCUUGUUGGGUACCAUUCUUGCUCCAAAACUUCAAAGCGUAAAGGAAGGCCUGCUUUCAAAGCUUGAUGAGUUGACAGCAUACAACAAGCGAGGACACCCCCUCCCUCUUGGCAAAAGCUUCCUCCAGCGAAUCCACAAGUCCCGGGCUGAUCGGCAGGGCAUGUCAUUGGAGAAUGCUCUCGGGCAAAAAGUGGCAAGAAAGGACGGAGGAUAUGCAUUGUCGGACAUUAGGUCAGCCGUUGACAACUUGGGCAAAACUGAGGAUGAGUUCGCUGCGGCCGAAGUUAUCGACCAGAUGCAAGCAUACUACGAUACGGCGAUUAUAACAUUCAUUGAUAAUGUUGCAACAUUGGGGAUUGAAAAUUGCCUUCUUUGCCCUUUGAGCGGCAUUCUAACAAGCCAGACGAUCAACAACAUGGAAGACAAACAAGUCAAGGACUUGGCUGGGGAGGCUUCCUUCAUAACAGAGGAGCGUGACCGUCUGAUCCGAGAACAAGAAAAGCUGCAAAACAGCUUGAUUGUUCUAAAUCAAUGCAAAAUACAGAAGAAGCCUAGCUCGAACCUCUUUACCGCAGGGUCUCACACAUCUGCAGGGGUUCCUCAACAGACAGUCACUGCUCAGUCUUCGAAACAGACCGCUGCAAGAUCCAAUGGAGAUACUAUCCUCAACCCUGGUUUAAACCCAACCUUGAACCCCGGUGCCAAUGGUUUUGGUCAGCAACAAAAAUCCCUGCCCAUUGGUUCCCCCUCAAUGCGCUCUGGAGAAAGCUUUGGCACCUCGGGGGUUGGGACUGCAAAUACGCAGAAUAAAGGGCUGUUUGGAGGAAAUGAUGGGUUCAACAAGGCACCCAACGGCGCUCUAUUCACUAAAAGGUAG